AUGAGUGAUGCCGGCGGUCUCGAAAAGAGGAGAGGAGCAGGACGCACCAUCUGCGGGUGUACGGCCGUCGUCUUCUUUCUCAGCGCCCUCGUCGCACUGCUUGCGGCAGCAGUCGUCGGACUCGCCGCCGGGACGGGCAUUGAGGCCUCGAGGGCCACCUCGGCCCAGAACAGGGCGGACCGUUUGAACGCCUCACUCGUCGCCGCUCUGGGGGGCGCGACGGCUACUACCAAGUCAUCAGCUUCGACGUCGACUUCUGCGUCGGCUUCGGCUUCCAGCACGUCCUUUGCCUCUCUCGACGACAACUGCACUGGAAACCCGGAUGGGGUGACAGGAACAACAUACAAUGCCUUCUCAUUGUUUGGUGACUACUCCUUCACGAUACAGUGCAACAAGGACACCGACGGCAGUCCGCUCAUGAGCCUCUUCGCGGCCGACAUCAACGGCUGCAUGGACGCCUGCGCCGCCUAUUCGCACUACACACCCUCCAUGUUCGGAAAUAACACCAACACCACGUGCGGCGCCGUAAGCUUUAUUCCGCUGUGGACCAACGAGACGGCUGCUCUUGUCGGCUAUGCCCCGGGCAACUGUUACCUGAAACCCACCCAGACCGCUGCCCCGACUACGCCCAAUAUCGGCACCGAAUGUCACGCUGGAAUCCUCGUUACCAGCUAA